AUGUCACCCAUCACCCCAGCCGAGGCCUCGCACAUCCAGUCAACGCAGGCGACCAACGGCCGCGAUACCGACGCCGGCAGCUUCACGUCCCACGCGCAGUCGGCCGCGGCGCACAAUGUCAACUCUGGCGCCGUCGGCGGGGGUGGCUACGGUGGUGGUGGUGGUGGUGGUGGUGGUGGUGGUGGUGGUGGUGGUGGUGGUGGGGGUGGGAACAAGGGCAGCGGGGGCGGCGGUGGGGGUGGGCGCAAGUAG